GUUUGCGUGACUUUGUCGUUGAUGGCAGCGCCUUCGACGCAGCAAGACGCCGCUGUUGCCAGUGAACGCCCAGCGUCAGCCGCAGCGGACCGUGAGGAUUCGCCAAUGUCUACAGCCGCUUCGGUUGAACACUUCAAGUUCUCUGUGGACGGACACAGCUAUUCGUCAACGCUCAACACCCUUGAUCGCAGGUCGUUUGCAUCGCAUGAAGCAUACUCGGAGUUUUUGACGGAAACGUUUCAUGGCGACGUGCCUCAAACCAAGUACCGCUCAGGCCGGUCGUCUCCUGUGUGGAAAUACUUGCACAAAUUGGACGUGCCACAGGUGAACCGUCGCAAAAAAGUGUGCGAGUACGUGUGUGUGUUGUGUGCCGACGACGGUACCACACCAUGGGAGGACUGCCUCAUCGCGAUGUAUGGCAAUCGUUCGUCUAACGGCGCCACACAUCUCCAGUCGCGCCACAAAGACCUCCUUCUCACGGAGGAUCGACAACCGGCAGAUACCACGCCAUCAACAAUCACGACGACCGCUGGACCUGUCAAAAAGCAAACAAAACGCCAAUAUGGGCAACUUUUGUCCCCACCCACACCACCGCGGCGUGAUGCGUUUCCCAUUGCCAAGAAGCGCAAAUCGUCCCCGCAGACCACGACCAAGAAGGCCCCGAUGGCUCCCGAGACUACGUCUUCGGACUCGUUGACCGUGCAUAAGAUGACAUCUCAAUGCCCUGCACUGGAUGAGACUAACCUCUUGGCAUCACUGGUGUACCCCCUAUCUCCCAACUCCUUCAUGGAUGGAUUCUACCAGAAGAAGGCACUUGCGAUUCACGCGCCAAGCGAUCGAUUUGAACAACUGAUCCACCAGGGCCUAGAAGACUUGGACAUAAAGCAGCUGCUCACAACAACAUCAUCGGAGGAAUUGCAAGCAUGGGUACAGACCAAGCGCGGCGGCGAGGACGAUGACGAUGGCAAGAUUGAGUCAGUCAAAGUCGAGUCGGUGGAGGCAGCCGCGAUUCUGCAUGCGGCUGGCCACUCGCUGUACUUUCGUGGAUCGCCUGAGCUCAGUGCGACGUUGAUUCCGGCGCUUGCCAAAGACCUGGGCUUCGGGUUCACGGCGACGUCGAUCCACGGUGAAUCGCAGGGGGAGAUUGAAAUCUUUUGCGCGAAAGCAGGGCAUGUCACUGACUGGCACUUUGACUUUAUGGAGAACUUCUCUGUCCAAGUGGCUGGCAAGAAGAAGUGGAAGUUGCAGCCGAGCAGCGUACCGUACCCGGUCCGCGGCUGCACGCCACACUACAAGACCCAGGAGGUCGUCGAGCAGCAGCUCAAGAUCCAUCGCCUGACGGACCCAGCCUUUGAUUACCAUCCGACGUUCGACAACGUGUCUGAGGUCACACUCGAGCCCGGUUCGGUGCUGUACUUUCCCGCCGGCAUGUGGCACCGCGUCGAGUGCACGGAAGACUCGAUCACGAUGAACUUGAGCAUGUUUCCCACCCCCCACGCAGAUAUCGUGGUCGAUGCACUCCGGCAUGUCCUGCUCCAGUCCGACAGGUGGCGACGAGGUGUGAGCUACGACACGCCGGACGCCGCUCGUGCCUAUAUGACUGAUCUGUUGAACGAUCUCAAGGAUCAAAUUGGAAAAUUGACUGCGGCAGACAUUUUACCUGAGCGCCUGUUGAUCCAUGGACGUGGAAUUAGUGGCGACGACGACGACAGUGAUGACGGUGACGAUGAGGAUGACGAUGACGAUGGCGACGAAAAGGAAGAGCGAACGAAGGACGGCGCGGAAGGGAAGCUGACAAAGCGUGUGCUACGGCUUGACGAUCCUGCGCUACUCGAAGACAGUGCGAUUGCUUUCCGACAGACGACGCGAGUCAAGUUGAACCCGUUGGCAAGUGUCAUGCACCAUGCCGACAUCCCAUCGAUCCAUUACGACACGGGAUAUGCCGCCGACGACCUCGUGUACAUUUUAAACGUUGGGUUUGGCCACACAAGCUACAUGUCGUCGCUUCGCCUCGAAUUUCAGUGCAGUCCGUUGCAGGCCAAACUGAUUGACAUGAUCGUCCAAGCUCCCUCGGCGACUCCAUUUUCGCUGCGCACAAUGCUCGAUGCAUCCAAGGAGCUCGCGGCUUUGUCGAAGAAGAAGAGCGAGACGCGGGAACUUUUGGUAGCCCUGCACUUCCUUGCCCACGCAGGGUAUCUCACUGUCGUCGUCAACGACGAUUUCAAUUCCGAAGAAGGUUGAAGCACCAUAAAAAGAAAUUGAGCUGAAUUUGUCGUCCGGAUAAAAAAUUCGUUCAUCCG